AAAAGAGAAAACAUUCGUUCCUUGACUAUGUCUGGCCAUGUUGGUUUUGAGAGUUUGCCUGAUCAGCUGGUGAACAGAUCCAUUCAGCAAGGUUUCUGCUUUAAUAUUCUCUGCGUGGGGGAAACUGGAAUUGGAAAAUCAACACUGAUUGACACAUUGUUUAAUACUAAUUUUGAAGACCAUGAAUCCUCACAUUUUUGCCCAAAUGUUAAACUUAAAGCUCAGACAUAUGAACUCCAGGAAAGUAAUGUUCGAUUGAAAUUGACCAUUGUGAAUACAGUGGGAUUUGGUGACCAAAUAAAUAAAGAAGAGAGCUACCAACCAAUAGUUGACUACAUAGAUGCUCAGUUUGAGGCCUAUCUCCAAGAAGAACUGAAGAUUAAGCGUUCUCUCUUUACCUACCAUGAUUCUCGCAUCCAUGUUUGCCUCUACUUCAUUUCACCGACAGGCCACUCUCUGAAGACACUUGAUCUCUUAACCAUGAAGAACCUUGACAGCAAGGUAAACAUUAUACCAGUGAUUGCCAAAGCAGAUACGGUUUCUAAAACUGAAUUACAGAAGUUCAAGAUCAAGCUCAUGAGUGAAUUGGUCAGCAAUGGCGUCCAGAUAUACCAGUUCCCAACAGAUGAUGACACUAUUGCUAAGAUCAAUGCUGCGAUGAAUGGACAGUUGCCGUUUGCUGUUGUGGGAAGUAUGGAUGAGGUAAAAGUUGGAAAUAAGAUGGUCAAAGCUCGCCAGUACCCUUGGGGUGUUGUACAAGUGGAAAAUGAAAACCACUGUGACUUUGUAAAGCUGCGGGAAAUGCUCAUUUGUACAAACAUGGAGGACCUGCGAGAGCAGACCCAUACCAGGCACUAUGAGCUUUACAGGCGCUGCAAACUGGAGGAAAUGGGCUUUACAGAUGUGGGCCCAGAGAACAAGCCGGUCAGUCUUCAAGAGACCUAUGAAGCCAAAAGACAUGAGUUUCAUGGUGAACGUCAGAGGAAGGAAGAAGAAAUGAAGCAGAUGUUUGUGCAGCGAGUAAAGGAGAAAGAAGCCGUAUUGAAAGAAGCUGAGAGAGAGCUACAGGCCAAGUUUGAGCACCUUAAGAGACUUCACCAAGAAGAGAGACUGAAGCUUGAAGAAAAGAGAAGACUUUUGGAAGAAGAAAUAAUUGCUUUCUCUAAAAAGAAAGCUACCUCCGAGAUAUUCCACAACCAGCCCUUUCUAGCAACAGGCAGCAAUCUGAGGAAGGACAAGGACCGUAAGAACUCCAAUUUUUUGUAAAACAGAAGUUCCAGAGCACAGAAGGUCAUCAUCACAAGCAAACUUUAUUAAAAAAAAAAACAACUAGAAAUAUGCUUUGAUUUUGUUGUUUUUAUUUGCUUUAUCACUUCAUCUAUAUUUGGUGAACGGCCACAGUUACUGAUAUUUAUGGAAAAGUACCUUCAAGCACAAGGUCAAUAUGUAAGCCAGAGUGAAUGAUAUUUUAAGUUGAGCAUCUCUAAUUAAAAAAUCUGAAAUCCAAAAGCUUCAAAAUCUAAAUCUUUUUGAGCACUGACUUGACCCCACGAGUGGAAAAUUCCCCACCUGACACCUUUGCUUUCUGAUGGUUCAAUUUAAACAGAUUUUGUUUCUUGCACAAAAUUACUAAAAAUGUUGUAUAAAUUACUUUCAGGCUAUAUGUAUAAGGUGUAUGUGAAACAUAAAUGAAUUAUGUAAUUAGAGCCAGGUCCCAUUGUGUAUAUGCAGAUAUUCUAGAAUCUGAAAUCCGAAACAUUUCUGGUGGCUAGCAUUUUGGAUAAGGGAUACUUAACUUGUACCUAUAUAUUCAUAUAUAUUCACUGUUAGAAAUUUUUAGGUUGCUGUUUUGUGAUGACUAAAUCUUUUCUGUUGCUACCAAGCUAUUGUCACUGCAGUGCAUUAUACCAAAGAGCACGGUGUCAGUGCCAUUGAAAAUACAGAACCCAUUCAUAUCGGGGCUAUCUGAUUGCAUUUAUAGUCCUAGAUGAACCUUUUUUAUAUAUACUAAAAAUUUGGGGGAAUAUGUUUUGGGAUCUAUUAUAGAGCUAAAACUCUAACCUCUUAAUAGUUUUAUAGAACUAAAAUUUUUGAUACAGUUACCCUAUUGGUGAUAUGAUCUUAAGCUUUUGUGUCAAAUUAUUUAACAUGAUGACUUCAUGCUUCAGGAUGCCUUAUUGUGGCUGAUGUAUUACUGUGGUGAAACAAAAUAUCUUUAAAAGUUAAAACAUCCAGCUAUAUAAACUUUUUUCUAAUGAGAAAGUACCUUUGAACAUGGGUGUAUCACAGUUUUCAUUAGGAAAAUAUUUCAAUACAUACUUGUUUAAACUCUGCCUUCCAGGGGAAAUAUAAUAAGGUUGAAUCAUUUUGUUAAAAAUAUUUUUUAAGAAAAUAUGAACAUCUGAAUAUUAAAGAUAUAAAAAUGCAGAUAAUUCAUAUUUUAUGUGAUGUUUGCAUUCAGUGCCUUACUGUUCUCAACACUAAUGAUUUCUAACAUUUCUUAACAUUCGUAGAUAAAUUUUCAUUUUUUGUACUUGAAUAUUCUAAAUAAAACUGACAUUUACUCUUGACAAAUAAAACAUAUCUAUAUAUUUACUAAAAUGUGUUUAAUUUUCCUUUUUGAAAACUCAUUUUAAAGGCAAUUACAUUUUUUAAUUAUUUUGAAGAUGAGGUAUUUUAUGAGUAUUUUCAGACAAAACAUAUUAGUCUGUGUCAGAUUGUGAGCAAUCAUAAAGUCAUCUAAGUUGUAAAUAAAGCCUUGCAUAGCA